AUGGAUAUUUCUGCGCAUUUAGGCUAUCGAGGUAUCGACUUCAUCACGAUGUUUAAUUAUGUUUGGGCGGUUGAACUGAAUCGAUACGGUUUGGAGUUCGUUGGUUUAUGGCCAAAAACUGACGAAGUAGCCAAUAACGAUCUUCGCGCAAUCGUUACUUUUAUUCUAGUCACUUUCUUUUGCUUUAUUCCUCUUCUAUGUUCUCUCGUGCGAGUGUGGAAUGAUAUGAUAUUUAUCAUAGACAAUCUUCAAGCGACUCUACCGGUAACUGUGGUUUUGGUGAAACUCAUCAUCAUGUGGUGGAAACGAAAAGGCGCCUCGCUUAUUAUGAGGAUGAUAGCGGAAGAUUGGAUCGAAGUAAAAGUAGACGCGGAUAGGGACGUGAUGAUAAGACGAGCACAAUCUGCCCGUCUGAUCGUGAUUUGCGGAUACGUUUCAAUGCUAUUCACGUAUAUCAUGAUCAUCAUUCUUCCUGCGUUCGGUUUGCACUUUAGAUAUAUAACGAACUUCACCGACGGGAACAAAGAACUGCCGCUGCAAACGUAUUAUUUUUACGACACGAGCAAAAGUCCACAAUUCGAACUCACGUACGCCGUUCAAGCACUAUCGAUGUUUUUGGGCGUCAUAACUUACACGUCGGUAGAUGCAUUCUUCGGGCUCGCAAUCUUUCACAUUUGCGGUCAGAUGGAAAACUUCAAGCGCAGAAUGCUUACCUUGAUCUCAAAUAAAAAUUUCGACUGCGCUCUACGUAAUAACGUAAAAAUCCAUCUACGACUACAUUUGCAUACAUACUUUUAUAGAUUUGCUAAUAAUGUCGAAGAUACAUUCGCUUUCAUGAUGUUGGGACUGGUAUUUUAUUUUGCUAUUGUAUUUUGUUUAUACGGAUUUGUAUUAGUUUCUAUAAUUUCUGGUAAUGACACGAAUAAUAUAUCUGUUUCACGAAAAUGUUUCGCAGUUUUGGUUGUUGUUAUUCUGUUGUCAUACACGCUUCUCUACUGUGCUGCUGGAGAAAUUGUAACAGAGCAAUGUGAAGCAUUAUAUCGUACUUUAUGCGAUCUUGAGUGGUACAAAUUAGAGUCGAGAAAGCAGAGUGUUAUUAUUUUAUUGAUGCUACGUGCCAAUAAACCUUUUCGCAUCACAGCAGGAAAACUAUUUCCGUUAACGGUAUCCACAUUUUGCAGCUUAUUAAAAACAUCUGCUGGCUACAUAUCAUUUUUACUGGCAAUGAGCGAAUGA